AUCACAAAUUGGCCAGUUCAUCAUAGCGGCCACGUCGCAGCGUUCCUACACUGUUUGGAAGCGACACGGAAUGCUGGCCCUGUGGAGAUUGUGCCUCAUGACUUGGCCUCUUUCAACAACUACCUCGAGUGGUUCCAUGAAAACACGCGUAUGGAGUUAGUGAAGCACGCGUAUGCUGAGGACAUCUUGGACGACCCCAUCGAGUUCGAUGAGGUUGCGCAAAGCCAGCACGACACCUUUGCUCGCAGAGGGAGAUCGACUUCUAUUGCUUCCGAGCUGAACUUCGUGGUAAUGGAUUCUCUCACUAACUAGUACAUCAUCUAGAUUGCCAUGUGCUCGCUUAAAUUGUGUAUGCUAUGUUUGUCACAGCGGACGGAGAUCCAAAAAACAGCUCACGAGUGCGAGAUUAUGUGGGAGCAGAGCGGGAGAGAUGAAAAGCCUGUCGGACCGUUGCGACAUUUCAUUAAGGUAUGAUCACCAACUUUGAAUGUACGCUAUUAUGUUCUGGUGGCUUUGUAACCAUGAGUUCCAUGACGCAGAACACUGCACGAAAGAUGCGGCGGUUAGCCAACUUGCUAGGUUGCCGCGAAGGCGAAAUUCCUACAUCCUCCUCUUCUGAAGAGCGGGAGAUUCCUGACGACGAGGAAAUUCUGAGUCAAAGCAUACCUCCAAAGCAUUCCUCCAAGCAAGCCCCACGGUCAGCUUACCAGUUGAAGCCAAGGGGCAAUGCUCCAAACCGGUACACUCCGGAAGAUUAUGUCAACCGAGGAAAGAAGGUUGUCAUUGAGGAGGAUGAGGGGCCGCCGCGGAGAUCAUCUUUGUCGAGGAUGAGGAACGACGAGCCGUUAUCUUCAGAGGAGGAGGAGCAGGAGGAGCAGCAGGAGCAGCAGCAACAAGAGCCACGACAGCGAAGAGGAUGGCCGUCUGGAAGCAGCCCGUGA